UAUAAAUGACAACUCGUGGCCGAAAGAUAUCUGAGGUCCAAAGCACAUAACAUUCAUUUGACGAGACGUCUUUCUUUUUUCUUACCUUCAUUCAAUUAGUUUUUUUUUGUCAGGGUUUGAAUUGAAAUUUGAAGUUGGAAAAUUGGAGAAUGGGGAGUGGCGUGAAGAAAGUGUUGCUUACUUCAAAUGGAGAUGAGAUUUCGCAGAAUAUCGCGUUUCAUUUGGUUAAACAAGGAUGCAGGUUGGUUUUGAUGGGAAAUGAAAAGGGUUUAAGGAGUAUCGGUGAGAAGAUAACAGGUGCAAUCAAAGGUGCUUUGCCAGUGGAGGUAGUGGAAAUGGAUAUGGAAGAGGAAAGGGAGGCAAGUUUUGAAGAGGCAGUGGACAAGGCAUGUGGGAUUUUGGGGAAUUUAGAUGCUUUUGUGCAUUGCUAUACAUAUGAAGGAAAGAUUCAAGAACCUCUGCAAGUAACAGAACAUGAGUUCAAAAAAUUAGUGAAAAUAAAUUUUAUGGCUCCAUGGUUUCUGCUGAAGGCUGUUGGAAAAAAAAUGCGGGACUAUAAUUCAGGAGGCUCCAUUAUAUUCUUGACCUCAAUAAUUGGUGCUGAGAGAGGACUGUAUCCAGGGGCUGCUGCAUAUGGUUCAUGUUCAGCAGGAAUACAGCAAUUAGUUAGACAUUCAGCUAUGGAGAUAGGAACAUACAAGAUCAGGGUUAAUGGAAUCGCUCGUGGUUUGCACCUAGAAGAUGCAUAUCCUGUUUCAGAAGGGAAGGAGAGGGCAGAGAAGUUGGUGAAAGAGGUAGUGCCGAUGCAGAGAUGGCUUGAUGCCAAGAAGGAUGUAGCAUCAACUGUCAUCUACUUAAUCAGUGAUGGUUCAAGAUACAUGACUGGGACAACCAUAUUUCUUGACGGGGGGCAGUCCUUGACAAGGCCUAGGAUGCGCUCAUACAUGUAGGAGUUAUUUCUGGUGCAAAACCUGGAGCAAGAAGGGAAUCAUGGGGUGAUCCAAUCAAUCAAUUUUUCGAAGGGAAAGACAUGUCCUCAGGGAUUUGUGAAUGCUUGGUCGUUUACUAUCGUCAGCGGCCUGUCAAAAGUAUGCCAGUGAAGCAGCUGAUUAUUUAUGUUUCUUGUCCGAGUGACUUUGAUCACCAGGCAAAAAAGACUAGUCUUCUAAGUAUAUUCUGAACUAGCUGUCAUUCUUAACAUUAAUUCAUUAGUAAUUCCCAUUUUCAUUACAUCUCUUACUCUCCUCUCAAGGCCACCUUGUAAACUUGAAGUGAAUGACGUAAAAGGAAUCAAUGACAAAGUGAUUUUCUUUUGGUUC